AUGAGUGUCCCACGCCCCCGACUUCUGGACCUGAUGAAGAUCCAAUGCAAGAUUUUCGCGACCACAUUCAACCCCGAAGGCGUACGCAUGGGCAACAAGGUUCUGCGACAGAGACUUCGAGGCUCUGCCUUGGCAGCAUACUACCCGAGAAGAGUAGUCACGUUCAAGGAUCUGCAAAGGGGGUUUGGUCCCGAUUUGAUAGCGGACGAUGAGCUGGACGCAGACCGGCUAGAGAGCAAUGCUGGAUUGCGCGCUCGUGGCAAGGGCCAGACAAAGAGAAGAGGUACAGCAGCAGUUGCACCGACCGGAUCGCCCCGUCAGCGUCGCCAGUCUGGCACCAAGGGUAUAGGUCAGGAUGAGAACGUGCUGAGAAACUCAGAAGAUGCCAGUAUGCAGAGCUCUCAGGAUUCCUUUGGCAACCUGCGAAAGGGGUUAGUGACACUGAAAACUGCGAAGCUCGCCAACCAGAAGGGGCCCAACCCGGGCUAUGAUUCAGGAACCUCGUCUAGCGUAUAUCCCAUGGAUACUCUCCUUGCGAAGUUGUCCGAGCAAGAGGCUGCGAUCCGUGAACAGAACGAUAGUAUGAAAAAGAAGGCGGAGGAAGAAGCUGUUUAUAGCCGGAUGUCUGAGACACAAUCCGUUUGCAUCUCUGGCCCCAUCCCCGGGACGGCUGAUGGGUUCAACGGCCCUUCUGAUAUGAUGUCAGGCUCUACAAGCAUCAUCACCGAUGGUGAUCCCGCAACAUCAGAAGAGCUGCUCCGCCUCAAACUUGAACUUGCACAGGCUCAAGUCAAGAUAACGCGACUUGACCAUGAACUGGCGCACUCCCGGUUUGCCAAGUCGGACAACUCCAAUAUGAUAUCUUUGACUAUGCCGGAGCCAGAUUACCCUACACUUCCCAGAUUUGAUCAGCCUGUCUCUCGUUCCACCGGUGCCAUUGCGGCCAUGUCCGCGACCAAGCCGCUAUACUCUCGAGACAAUAUCUGGCUACUUCCCGAAGAUGGACGAUCGGACACAGUGGAACCAUCCACUGCCGGUACCAUAGGGAGAUCUCGUGGAGUUUGGCGCAACGAUCCAAAACCAGCUGUCUUCCAGCAUCCGUUUGCUACAGCACCACCUUCGAUCCCCAUGUCCGAUAGUCUUCCUACCCAACCGGCAUCUAUCUGGCCACCCGUGCGACCUAGCAACCCAAGCUUCAUGGAGUCCAGUUCCCAGAUUUUCGGAGAUUCAUCGACUGCCAUAGAUGACGGCCCAAGCGGCCGCUUGACACCAGAUAGCGAUGUCCUCUUGCGACCCCCGUCCCGGCGUCGGGGAAGUCGACUUGACACUCACAUGGUUUCCAACCAGGGCUUUGGAGGUUAUGGUACUUUCAACAUGGGGCAGAUGCAGUAUGACAGUUCGAAUGAGUUUUCUUCCGGGGGCAGCUCUCAGAUACUCAAUGCUGGAAUGUUUCCCCAAUAUCAACAGCAGCCUAUUGGUACUCCGUUGUCUCCUCACGCAACAGAGUUCAGCGCAGGCACUGGACCGCCUUGGAAGAACGAGAAUUCUCUCUCCGAAAAUCCAACAUUUGUGCCUACGACGGAGCCACUGAACUACCGUCGGCUACUCGACCGCAACGUCAACUGCAACUGGAAGUACAUUGUAGACAAGAUUGUUUGCAACAAUGACCAACAGGCGUCUAUCUUUCUGCAACAAAAACUGAAAGUUGGCACUACCGAUCAGAAGUAUGACAUUGUGGAGGCCAUUGUUUCCCAGGCAUACCCCUUGAUGAUCAACCGCUUUGGCAACUUUUUAGUUCAGCGUUGCUUUGAACACGGUGCACCGGAGCAAAUCGUCAAAAUCGCAGAGGCUAUCCGUGGAAACACGCUCAAUCUCUCUAUGGAUCCAUUUGGAUGUCAUGUGGUCCAGAAGGCGUUUGACUCAGUCACUGAAGACUACAAGGCGAUUAUGGUACAUGAGCUGCUCCGACGCAUUCCGGAAACGGUUAUUCACCGUUAUGCUUGCCAUGUCUGGCAGAAGCUUUUUGAGCUGCGAUGGAAUGACUCGCCUCCCCAGAUUAUGAAAUACGUCAAUGAAGCACUGUGCGGUAUGUGGCACGAGGUUGCUCUCGGGGAAACCGGUAGCCUUGUGGUGCAGAACAUCUUUGAAAACUGUCUGGAGGAAGACAAGCGUCCAUGCAUCGAGGAGGUUCUGGGAAACAUUGAUGUUGUUGCUCAUGGCCAAUUUGGCAACUGGUGCAUCCAGCACAUAUGCGAGCAUGGCGCGCCGAACGAUCGCGGCCGGGCGAUUGACCAUGUUGUCCACUACGCUGCCGAGUACAGCAUGGACCAGUUUGCAUCCAAGGUAGUGGAAAAGUGUCUGAAAAUUGGCGGUGCCGAAUUCUUGGGCCGCUAUUUAGACCGUGUCUGCGAGGGACGAGUUGAUCGGCCACGCAUCCCGCUCAUCGACAUAGCCAGCGACCACACCGAGAGGUUGUCGCAGCACACAUCCGGAAGCACAUGGUAUCGCUCCGAGGAUCGAAGUUUGGAUCCCGAGUCGGCAUGCUCUGCACGAAUCCAGCCGUUGCAACUCGGCCUGGUCCAGGAGUAG